AUCGGCGUUGUUUUUUUUUUACUCUCUCGCUGUCUAUGUAUACUAUACUAGUAAGGGCGCGUGGAGGUGUUUUUCCCUCCUAAAGUUCAAGACAAAAAAAAUGAGCACGCUAAAAUCGCAAUGGUGUUGUUAUAAAGCUGCCAGGACCGUAAAUAAAGGGCGGAGCGAGUAUCGGGCGGGAAUAAUAAGCGGGUAGCGUCCGGUUGACAAGGCAACGGGCAUGGUGACGUCACGUUGCCAUGGUUAUGGGAUUCUUCCUCUGGACCAGGAAGAACUCUGGAAUUAACAGUCAAAAAACGAGGUUCCCUGAUCCAAGACUCUGUGCCUUUUUUUUCUGUGCAGCUGAACACUUUGUGCGCACCGUUUCCAAUGGCAUCAGAGGGCCAGAACGAGGAGAAAGAGACUCUUCCUGAGCUGGCGAUUGCUCCUUUCCAAUGGGGAGCCAUCCUGUCUGCAGUUAAAGAUCAGAUUCCCUCCAUGGACUCGGACAUAUAUGCAUCCGAUGGUGAUGAAGAUGAGGAGCUUUUCAUCUUCCAGCGAGAUCAAUCCAACCUGAUUCCUGACUUCUCUGAGGAACUCGAAGACCUUCCUUUGGAAGAAGCAGACUUGCAGAAGACUUUUGCAUUCAUGAGGCAUCUGACAGAGAUCCAGGAUGAAGAACAAGGGUCUGUGCCAACAGACAGCAAUUACUUUGGGUUUCUUAAUGAAGAAAGGCCAAGCCAGCAAGUCAGGGAUGCUUCGGAAUUUCCCACGAAUGAACCGGAAUCUGGAAAGGAUGCUCAGAAAGAUAAAGAUGUCCCGAGUCCAUCAUCUAAUCCAUUGCCAUCUAUGGAAACGGCACCCCCCUUUGAGAUAUUAAACAGCGACAUGAAAGAACGAAGGAAACUAAUAGAAACAAAAAUACUCUCCAAGGCAGCAUUGGGACGCCCGACAAGAGAUGAUACCCAAAGCUCGCCAUCUGAUCCAUUGCCGUCUAUGGAAACGGCACCCCCCUCUGUGAUAACAAACAACGACAUAAAAGAACCAAAGAAACGAACAGAAACAAAAAUACCCUCCAAGGCAACAUCGGGACGCUUGACAGGAGAUGUAGGCCCUUCACAAUCAAGAAAUAAUAACAAUAAUUUUGAAAGAAUUGCAAAGGCGGAAAGAGAGCUGGGAGUCAUUUCGGCCGAACACCCGAGAGAGUUGACACUGUUGGCCUUCGAGGAGAUAGAGAAAUGGGACCUAGACAAAGUUCUGCAGGACCUAGAGAAGCAAAGUGAUAAAACAAGUUGGAAAGGAGAACCUGCUUUUCCUUCAAUGUACUAUGAAAACUCCCGGGCUACAUCAGAAGCCAAGCUCAUGGGAAAGCUGGAAGAGUUGUCUCUCGAGCAGUCGAGGACGUUUUUUGCCCACCGCAGGAAAUGCCUGGCCAAACUGCCGCACUUUAGUGAAUGCCAAGGGGACGGGAGAAACGUUCCCGUCCUGGCACCGUUGACAAGCGGUCGAGGCCUGGGUUCAAUGGAACUGGAAUGGGCUCCAGAGCCACCCACUGUGUAUAUCGAUUUACGAGACACAGUUUCACCGAAGCCUGAAUUGUUAUCUGAUGCAGAGGAAAGCUUCAGCAACAGUUCCACAGAUGAGGAGGAGGAGGAGGAGGACGUAGACUUGACCGGCCAAGAGAACGUGGAAGGCCAAGAGUGUCUCCAGCCAUCACGCAAGAACUGCACAGGAAAAAGCUUUCUGCUGCAACAGCUUCGUAACUUUCGCAGAACCGUGUCUCAUUCUGCGCCGGACAAAGGAAGAAGCCCAGACCUCAUAAGCUCAGGAGAAGCACGUCAGCCGAACGUCAGAGGAAAGUGCCACCUCAAAUGGAGGGGCCUGGCUUCAAUGGACCCAGCUGAUCCAAAGGCAGAUACACUUGGAAACAUGAAGAGUGUUCCCAGGCCCUCAAGAAAACCCAAGGAAGAAACCGAGGAAGGGCUGUGUUCGAGACUGAGUCAGGAUCCAUCUGCAGAAUAUCCAAGGAAAUGACUCAUGGAUCCUGGGCUUUUCGGAGACAUCGAAGCACCAGGCAACUUCCUUGAAAGAGUAUUUUGAUAGACGACAUAAAUAGCAAUAAAGCCUUCGCUGCUGCCUCCUGGGUGAGCAUUAGGAACUUUUAUUUGUCAGUAUCUGCAAGUAGAAAAAAAAGGGAUUGUAUCAGAUCAAACGAUGACUAAUUCUAUAACACUAUGUAACAAAAUUGGGGGAAAAAAAAUCUGUUCCUGGUCUGAAAGUGUGAUUUCCUGUUUAAUUGUGCAAUCCUUACAUUAAAAGUAGUUGUUCUACUCCAGAAA